CUCUCUCUCUCUCUCUCUACUAUUUGGUACUAUACUUUAAAGCACUAUUGUACCAUUUACAUUAUAUUUAUUUUUUUGAACUAUCAACAAUUUAUAUUCUUGCUGGGUUUUCUUCAAGGUUAGAGGGCUUUGGAUUUGGAACAAGAAAAAUAAAAAUGAAAAUAAUCGGUUUAUUGCUUCUUGCUAUUCUUGCAGCGGUGUCUGCUGAUGAAGCUGCUUUCAUCGGUGUCAACAUCGGCACAUCACUCUCCGACAUGCCGAGCCCAACCCAAGUAGUCUCCCUCCUCAAGUCCCAGCAAAUCCGCCACGUCAGACUCUACGACUCCGACCGAGCAAUGCUCCUAGCCCUAGCCAACACCGGGAUCCGCGUCACCGUCUCCGUACCCAACGACCAGCUCCUCGCUAUCGGCCAAUCGAACCUCACCGCCGCCAACUGGGUCUCCCGCAACAUCCUCUCCCACUACCCCGCCACCAACAUCACCUCCAUCUCCGUCGGCACCGAGGUCCUCUCCACCCUCCCCAACGCCGCCCCGGUCCUCCUCCCCGCCAUGAAAUUCCUCCACUCCGCCCUCGUCGCCGCCAAUCUCCAAUCCCAGAUCAAACUCUCCACCCCACACUCCUCUUCCAUAAUACUCGACUCCUUCCCACCCUCCCAAGCCUUCUUCAACCGCACGUGGGACCCACUCAUGGUCCCGCUCCUCCAAUUCCUCCAAUCCACAAACUCCUUCCUCAUGCUCAACGUCUACCCUUACUACGACUACAUGCAAUCCAACGGCGUAAUCCCGUUGGACUACGCUCUAUUCCGCCCCCUGCCGCCGAACAAAGAAGCAGUCGACCCGAACACCCUCCUCCACUACACGAACGUGUUCGACGCAAUAGUCGACGCCGCCUAUUUCGCAAUGUCGUACUUAAACUUCACCAACAUACCAAUCCAAGUCACCGAAUCUGGUUGGCCGUCGAAGGGCGACUCGUCCGAGCCGGACGCCACGUCAGACAACGCAAACACUUACAACAGCAAUCUAAUACGGCAUGUUCUAAACAACACGGGGACCCCCAAACAUCCUGGGAUUGCUGUAAGUACGUACAUAUACGAGCUGUACAACGAGGAUCUUAGGCCGGGCCCGGUUUCCGAGAAGAACUGGGGGCUGUUUGACUCGAACGGCGUGCCGGUUUACACGCUGCACUUGACGGGGUCGGGCACCGUGCUGGCGAACGAUACGACGAACCAGACGUAUUGCGUUGCGAGGGAAGGUGCCGAUAGGAAGAUGCUGCAGGCUGCGUUGGAUUGGGCUUGUGGGCCCGGGAAAGUGGACUGUUCGUCACUUUUGCAGGGGCAGGCGUGCUAUGAGCCCGAUACCGUGGUGUCGCAUGCUUCGUAUGCGUUUGAUGCUUAUUAUCGUAGGAUGGGUAUGGCGGAUGGGACUUGCGAUUUCAAUGGAGUCGCUACUAUUACCACUACCGAUCAGAGUCAUGGAUCGUGCAUUUUUCCUGGGAGUGGUGGAAGAAACGGCACCUUUACGAAUAGCACAUCUCUUGCUCCCUCGACGAACUCAACGGUAUCUGGCUGCGGUUCUGAAUUUUCGCGCCUUGAAGAUUUACGUUACGUACUAUUUGGUCUUUUACUCUGGAGUGGUGUAUUUUUGUAAAGAUGUUGGCUUUCUUGGUGAUGAAAGUGUGUCGAAAUGAAUAAUCGACUAGCAAUAUUUUGUUUUGUUGUGCAUUGACAAGUUGAGCGUACCCAAUUUUGUUGAAUUCGUUCGAGGAGAGUAUAGCCGUAUGGGUGGGCGCGGUGGCCUUUUGAGAUGUAAGAGUAAGUUUAGUUUAAGUGAGAGCAGCUGAUUCAUUGAAUUGUACAAACAGAACCCUUUGAUGAUUUUAAAUUUUAAUUGAUUAGUGUAAUUAUUUUUUGAAGA